GGGAGGAAAAUGAUGGAGUCCUGAUACGCGGAGUUUGUGUGUGAACGUGAAAACAGCGCUGGAAUUUCCCUCAACCGGGAAAACCAUCGCUUCAUCUCGCCCUCAUACUCCUCAGCUUGAUUGUUGUCAGAACGAGCGGGACUAUCCAAGGAAAAGUGUUUUCUCUGCUUCAGUUUGCCAUAAGAUAGCCCGCCUGGCUAAGGUUAGCCGAGGCUGCUAGCGGAGCUCUAUGGAAAGAUCCUGGCAGUGCGGCUCUUUAGCUCGUUAGCGGGCUGAAUGCCGCCACGCGCCUCCCGCCGCAUCGGGCGCGUUCAGCCGCCGCUGCGGCAUUAUCCACGCGGUAUAUUGACACCUGGAAAGGAGGAAUACUGAAUUUCAUGGAGAGUUUACUUUGAAGGAUUUACUGUACGAUAUGAGCAACGCGAGAGCUUUCAGUCGCCCCCAUGGAUUUAACAUGUCAUCACGGUGAUCUGCGUUUAUCAGCCCUAAUGGUGUGACGUUUCCAUACCCGAUUUUCACCCACUUAAAAUAUAAAUGAAUGCACAGAAGUCAGAUUUGUACGGACACUUUUGAGAAGGAUUCCAAGCAGACGAUUUGCCAGGAGGCGGCGUCAAAACGGGACAGUAUUUUGUGCAAACUGUCAGUUCCUCGGUACGGGAAGAAACAUGGCUUCGGUGUGGAAGAGACUGCAGCGUGUCGGGAAACAUGCCUCCAAAUUCCAGUUCGUGGCAUCCUAUCAGGAACUCAUGGUGGAAUGCACUAAGAAAUGGCAACCGGACAAGCUAGUUGUCGUCUGGACACGCAGGAGCCGAAGGAAAUCAUCCAAGUCUCAUAGCUGGCAGCCUGGCAUCAAGAACCCUUACAGAGGAGUGGUCGUGUGGCCUGUUCCAGAGAACAUUGAGAUUACUGUUACCCUCUUUAAGGAUCCCCACGCAGAGGAGUUUGAAGACAAGGAGUGGACCUUUGUCAUUGAGAAUGAGUCUCCAUCGGGACGUCGGAAAGCGCUGGCUACCAGCUGCAUUAACAUGAAGCAGUAUGCCAGUGCCAUGCCCACUCAGACGGACGUCAAGCUUAAGUUCAAGCCGCUGUCCAAGAAAGUCGUUUCGGCAACGCUGCAGUUCUCUCUGUCGUGCAUUUUUCUGAGAGAAGGAAAAGCCACUGAUGAAGAUAUGCAGAGUCUGGCCAGUCUUAUGAGUAUGAAGCAGGCUGAUAUUGGCAAUCUGGAUGAUUUUGAGGAAGAGAAUGAAGAAGAUGAGGAGAAUAGGGUAAACCAGGAGGAAAAGGCUGCCAAGAUCACAGAGAUUGUGAGGCAGCUGAAUGCUCUCAGCUCUCUAGAUGGAGAUCCAGAUGACUGCCUAAAGCAAGCACUUAAACCUGACUCCUCUUCUGAAGAGCUGAUCAGCAAGUUGAACUUCCUGGAUCAGGAGGACCAAGACCAGAGCAACAUGAGCUUCAACCCCUUCGAUGAACCUAAUGACCCGGCUGACCUUAACCCUUUUGGUGACCCGGAUGAGGAAGAACCGUCUCCUGAGCCUCAUGUUCAGUCCACUAUCAAAGAUCACGACCCUGAAUACAAUCAAAACACCUCGCAGCCAUCCAACCCUUUUGAUGAACCCGACCCAGAUCCGGAUACUCAGUACGGAAACCCGUUUGAUGAACCUGAGCCCCAGCCCAAAAUGUCUCCACCUAGAAGCAGCAAGAGGAAGAACAUCCGGCCAGUGGACAUGAGCAAGUACCUGUAUGCCGACAUCGCUAGAACCGAGGAGGAGCUGGACGAGUCAAACCCAUUCUAUGAGCCCACUUCCUCCAGUGCAGCCACGUCCGACCAUGAAAGCAGCACUUUAGAGAAGAGCACCAAACGCCAGGCACCUCACCCUCCGUAUGCUGGCCCCAACCCCGCCGUGCUCCCCGGUGGCCCUGCACCAAAGACAUCAGCCUUCGGGGGAACGACCUCUAGUCCUGUCCCGGCCCCGUUAGCUGUCGCAACUGUGAUGGGGAGAGAGUUGUCUUCCUCAUCGCCUAAACCCAGUCCAAUUCCCAGCCCUAUUCUCGGAGGGAGGCCGAACGCCAGUCAGUCUUUGUUGGCCUGGUGUCGUGAGGUCACUAAGAAUUACAGAGGAGUUAAAAUCACCAACUUCACAACGUCCUGGAGGAACGGACUGGCCUUCUGUGCUCUGUUACACCACUUCAGACCCAACCUCAUUGACUACAAGGCUCUCAAUCCUCAAGAUAUUAAAGAAAACAACAAAAAGGCAUACGACGGCUUUGCCAGUCUGGGAAUCUCGAGGCUUCUGGAGCCGUCCGACAUGGUUCUGCUCGCAAUCCCAGAUAAGCUGACGGUGAUGACAUACCUGUAUCAGAUCCGGGCGCAUUUCAGCGGUGAGGAACUCAACGUCGUGCAGAUCGAAGCGAACAGCAGCCGUAGCACGUACAAAGUUGGAGAUUUCGAAACGGACACAAACAGUUCCAUCGACCAAGACAAGUUCUACGCAGAGCUUAAUGACGUUCAUCGCCAGUCCCCCAAACCGGGUACCACCAACGGUGGGCACGGCGAGAACGCGGAGCAGGAAGUUUUGUCAGUGGUGACUAGAGGUGGAUCUUUGUUCGCAGCCCCAGGUGAAGCAGCCUCUUCAUUGCGGCCUUCUCCGGCAGUAUCGAGUGGCCUUGAUUCUACAGUGGCUUCAGAACCUCACCCACAACCUGGCCAGUGCAUCAGAACCACACUGGACACCUCCACCAGCCAACCUGACCCUGAACAGAAAAGACUCCUGAAAGCUGAUACACUGGACAUGGGUGAUCUGUCUCACAGGGUGGCGAGAGAAAAAGAGAUAGUACAGUCUGGUGGACUGACCCCUGAGGACACCAAAGACUCCAGGGAGCAGAAUGAGCCUUCGGGGACGGGCGAGAAGCUGGCAGAGUCUGGGUUGCCCACAUGGCACACCGGGCCUUCACUAGUGAACAAAAACAAACUGGGGUUAACUUAUAACAAAGACGCUGAUCUUAUAAAGAAAAAGAGAGCAAGUUUGCGUCACUCUGAAUCCGACAGCACCUCAGACAGCAGUAUCCACACCAACCACACGCACAUAUCUGUUAAACAAGUAAAGCAGGAGGUUGUACCUGCCCCAGCGUCUAACACCAGCGAGGAGAAGAGGGUUUUAUCCCGUCAGGAGGAACUGAAAGAGCGGGCAAGGCUGCUUUUGGAACAGGCCCGUAGAGAUGCUGCAAUGAAGGCCGUAAAUAAAAGCAACACCAGCGCGCAGUCGCCCACACAAACGCUGCAGAUUGUUGAUGAGCGUGAUGAAGAACGGCGCAGGCAGCUGCGAGAGAGAGCCAGGCAGCUGAUAGCGGAGGCACGAUCCGGGGUAAAGAUGGCUGAACUGCCUCUCUACACUGACUCCACCUCUGUUGCCUGUAGUGCAGCUGUGAGCAACUUAAAAGGAAGGUCAAAGACAGCUGGAGAUGUGGUGGAUGGGUUGAGUGUGGAGGAUGAGGGGGGCAGACGAGAAAAAGAGGCUGCGGUGGCAGUCGCUGAUGUUGUCACUUAUACUAACCAUGAGGAGGACAUCUCAUCUUCAUACCUUCUUGAGGAUGAUUUUACUAACUCUUCCAAUGAUCUGGCAUCUCUGGGUGUGAUGAACAGCAGACACGUGGACCUGAAGCUCAAAAAACUGACAGAGUUUCGACCACAGGGUUGCAGCUCUCCUUCUUCGUCUUCCUCUUCCUCAUCGUUGACAGUGUCUAGUAACUCGCCUCUGAGCCCUGAAUCGGGUGGCCUGCAGAAUAAUGCAGAUGAGCUGAACGCGGAGCGUCUUCGCAGGGCUACAGAACGUCUGCGCAGUCCUGUCGUUUUCCACAAGGAGUCAGCUGUCAGGAAAACGCAGCUUAAAUCCUUCAGCCAAUACGUAGAGACCAGGCCAGAGGUUAAAAGGCAGAGAUCAGUACCUGAAGAUCUGAGGCGGACGGGCGAGGAGAGAGGGGCUCUGACGGAAAUAGACGGACGAAAGCCAACUGAAGAUGAACAGAAAGCGUUCAAAGACACCAGUCAGUACGUGGUGGGAGAACUGGCGGCGCUGGAGAGUGAGCAGAGGCAGAUCGACACACGGGCCUCGCGCGUGGAGAAGCGUCUGCGCUAUCUCAUGGACACAGGGAAUAACAAGGAAGAGGAGGAGGCCAUGAUGCAGGAAUGGUUCAUGCUGGUCAACAAGAAGAACGCUCUGAUCCGCAGACAGAACCAGCUCUCUCUACUGGAGAAGGAACAUGAUCUGGAGAGACGCUUUGAGCUGCUGAACCGAGAACUAAGGGCAAUGCUGGCAAUUGAAGACUGGCAGAAGACAGAGGCGCAAAAGCGCCGUGAGCAGCUCCUGCUGGAUGAGUUGGUCAUACUGGUCAACAAACGUGACGCGUUGGUCAGAGACCUGGACGCACAGGAGAAAGAAGCUGAAGAGGAAGACGAGCACCUGGAGAGAACCCUGGAACAGAAUAAAGGCAAGAUGGCAAAGAAAGAAGAGAAAUGUGUUCUUCAGUGACGGACAUUUCCCCAGCACAAAUAUGCUAAAGGAGAAAAAAAUGUGUACACUACAAUGUGUUGAAAUGUAUUCGUGUUCUAAAGACCACAGCAUACACUUUAUUCUUGUUAUUUUAAAUCUUUACAUGUAGAAUCUUUUGUCAUGGCUGAGGAACUGGUGAAGGCCCCAAGAUGCUUUCUGUUCUGUGAUUACCAGAGAGAUAUUGUGUCACAAACAUACAAAACAUUAUUAUUACUGUUCUUGUUUUUAUUAAGUUUGAUUUCAUAAACAAGGUACUUAAAGAACUAAUAUUGGAUGAGAUUUGAAGAUGUACAAUUUUCAAACUUUCUGACUGAGUGGUUUAUCUGUUGUAAUACAGAGACCAAAAAAAAUUUUUUUGGGAAAACAAACUUCAGAAUAUUCUCUUUUCUUACAGGAAAUAAUUUCUUACAGGAAUUGAUCACUUAAAGUUUCUUACAGCAUUUUAGAGUUUUGACUGGGAAUAUUUUCCGUUGUUGAAUAGGAUUGUAUUUCCAAGUCAUAUUGUAUUUCAGUUUUAAGAAAAUCAAUCAACAAGUUCUUCCCUUACAAGAAUUUCCUAUGUGUAAAAUAUUUUGAGAAGGGGCUUAUUCCAUUUUAAAAACGUAUUUUGUGUUUUACUGGCUUUUUAUGUUUAAUACGUUUACCAACAUUUUAGAGGUUGACAUGAAUGAAAUACUGCGAGUGCUUAUACAAAAUAAACAGUCGUGAUGUACAUUUAAUUGUACUGUUUAAGGCUUAAAAAGCUAGAAAAUAUCUUUUCAGAAGCAGUCACGAUCGGAGUAAUUUAUUACUGUUUGAGACGUUUUUAAAGUAACCAUCUUCACAAUCCUGUACAUUUGCUUAUAAGGACUUUGUUAAUAUUUAUUGUGUAGUUAGAAAUAAGCUUUUCUUGUUACCUUUUUUUCUGCUUCAUAUCUUUUUGAGCAUCAAAGGUUUAUUUAUUCCACUGUACUAUAAAUAUCACUGUUCAAUAAAACCCAAAUGAUUUCAUACUCGAAUUAAACAGCAGUUGGUGUUG